GAAUAAUAUGUUUGGUUGCUAGCGAAGCCAUGCUGUGUAACGUGCUCAAGGAAAAAGUAAUGUGUACGAGUGUUGUCAAGAACAGGCACGCUGAAGUGUAUUGAAUUACAAAUAAAUUGGGACUAUAGUGCAAUGAUAGUCUUCACUUAGGACAUGUUGCAGAGCUUGACGAGUGCUGCAGAAAGCGUUACUACUGAUCGAACAGUAUGUCGGCGCAAGUCGAGCCUUUAAGAUGGUGACCAAGAGGCAGCGAACAUGAUCACAGAUUCGUUGGAAGCGUCGGAAGCGAUGGGAAAGAUGACCGAAUUUGGGCAAAGGGAGCCAAGUUCAGAGACUAUAUCUCAACUGCCGCAUCAAGAAGACAGUGAGAUCAUCGUAAAAUCGGCAGGUGAUUCUUCCCAGCAAGAGGUCAUGGUCACCCAGACAGAUGAAGGGGUAACUGUGAGUACCUCAUGCAAAAUGGACCAGUUACCGACAUCGGCAGAGACAGAAGUUAAUAAUAAGAAAGAUGACAUGACUGCAGAGAAGACAGACGCUAAAAUUGAAGCUUUAGAAAGAAAAUUGGGAAAGAUCAAAAGUGUUACAGUGCCCCAGAUUGAUUCCGUAUCCAACUUGAAGUCAUACUCUGUGCAAGCUAGACACGGACAUUCUACUAACAUUCAUGAAAAGCGUUCUCACCAACCAAGAGAAAAUAAAUCACCAACAGAAAUCCCAUCAUCAGUGGUAGUAGGCACAAGUCCCAUAUCACGAAAUAAGCGCAUGAAGAAAAGUAUAUUUGUGUCAUACUCUCCAGAUGCUGGUUUCAUGGAACGCCAGUUUGUGGUAGAAUUAGUACGGCAGCUGAAGGAGAACAACUUAGCAGAAGAUCUGUGGUUUGAUAAGGAUGAAAAUAAUAUAGACAGUCCUUGCUGGUUCUCCCUUCGGAUGGAGGCAGCUGAAAAAUGCCGAGCAGCCAUGUUAAUCCUCUCAGAUAGUUAUUUCAUCUGUCCAGUGUCGGUAUAUGAGAGCAAAAUUCUCCUCGAAAGACAAAAAUUGGAUCCAUUGUCUGUUAAAGUGUUUUCUGUGCUUUUUUCUUCAGUGGAGAAUGCUGAGAUUCCCAAACAGAAUUUAGCAUUUAUUUCAACUGCUGUGGAUUUAAGUUCGAAUGAACAGGCCACUAAGUCACCAGCAGAGAAGACAUCUGUGGUUAUUGGUGCAAUCAUGGAAGAACUUGAAAAGUUUGCCACAAUAAAUGCACCUCCAUCACCAUUCUCAACGCCAGAUAAUGAAUUUACUGGAGAGUAUAAAAAGAAAAAGAUUUGCCAAUGGAGCUCAUCAGAUUUGCAAGAAUGGCUUUUUAGUAUGGGCAUCAAGGAAUUUUAUCGACAGAGUCUUGCUGAGUAUAUGGUGGAUGGUUUUCUUCUAAUGUCACUGACAGAUCGUGACAUGGUGACACAACUUGGCAUUGACAGUCGUGUUGUGCGCAAGAAAAUCAUGCAGCAGAUUUUAGCCACUUUGGACAGGGAACACAAACAGAUGGACAACUGGCACCUUCGUGCUCGUGCUCAGAGAGCAAAGCCAGAUGUUGUGUACCUAAUCUAUGAUCCAGAAGAUGUGCGACUAGCUCAGAAUCUAAAGGCAGACUUAAAGAAGAAAAGUUUACAGGUGAUUCAUCAUGACAGCAUGAAGCUGGGUCACUCCAGAGAAGAGUUCUUGCAGAUCAACGGACCCCAAAUUGCCAUGGCAACUUAUGUGGUUGUACUUAUGACCAGCACCAUGACUAGAAGUCCCUUUGUCUUCCAGGAAGUGCUGUUUGCUGAUUGGCUCGGCAAGAAGCUGGUGACAGCCCUCUUUAAAAAUGUCUGGGAUCACAUGCGGUGUUCACUGAAAGCUGUACUAGGGGAAUGCCCAGCUAUUGAUUUUGAGACAAAGAUGUAUGCUGAAUCCCUGGAUGUGUUGGAGCACCAUAUCAAGCCACUGCGGCGUGUACCAGGAGUUGUGCUGGAGCAGACCUAUCUUGACAAAAUGGCUGAGGGACUCAAACCACUUGAAUUGCUUGCAGAUGUUCACAAUGGCUUGAGUCCUGCAUAUCAGAAUGAAGAUGACCCCAAGGUUUUCAUAAGCUACCAGUGGGAUAUGCAAAGCAAAGUCGAUGAGAUCCGUGUCAUGCUACAGCGGAAUGGCUUAUCUUGCUGGGCAGAUAUUGCUAUGUCACAAAGAGGACACAGCAGCCGCAGUUUACGUUCUAGUGCCUCUUUCAGUGGCCAGAUAGACUCUGCUUCUAAUACCCUGCAGGGACAAAUUCAACGAAGCAUGCGACAUGCAAUUGUGGUUUUGUGCUGCAUUACACCUAAGUACCUCCAGUCAGACAACUGUGUUAAGGACUUGGGUCUAGCAGAGACUUAUAAUAAACCCAUCAUACCUAUCCUGCUUCGUUUCACACCUUUUGAUAGUGCACCUUCUCAGGUGCGACGAAUCUUGCUGCGCAACAGUUAUGUGGAUCUCAGCAAUGAGCGAUUGUACAAACAAAACGUUGGUAUUGUCUUGGAAAGGGUAAAAAAAAUAAUUUCUUUUCGAUAAAUUAGGUGUUUCAUCCUGUCUGGCAGUAUGACAUUAAACAUUUUAGUGACAAGCAAGUAAAACAGAAAAAGAGAAUGCAAAUUCAUCAGCUAUUUCUUUGUUCUAAGGAAAAAAAUGUAAAUGUUAAUUUGUAUAAUGAUAGAACAACAUACUUAAUGUGUUGACCCUUUAAAAAAUUAUGCAACUUGUAGCUAUUGCAUAAACUGGGAAGGCAAUCAUUACUGAGACCAGGAAUUCCUAGCAUUUUUCUGUACAGGACUGUGCUGCUGCAUACAUCUAUGAUAGUUACAAAAAAGAAAUGUUCUCUUUAACUUCAGAGCGAAGGCACAACAGUAUAUUACUUGUUUAUAAACUUUGCUGCAUUGACAAGAUGUCCGUGA